CAGCGUCCCGCUGCGCACGGUCUCCCUCCAGCUCCGGUCCCCACGGGAGGGCGCGUGGGAUGAUGCGCGGGUCCUUGUGCCUUCCCCAAGCUCCAGCAUCCGGAGCCGCCCUAGCCGGCACCGCGGCAGCCACAGUCUGGGAGAUAGAAAGGAAAGAGGGAGGGCGGCGGGAAAGGCUCGGCGCGGGAGGAGGGCGGGUGAGGAGCGAAGGAGCGAGGGGGAGGGAGCCUCUCUCCUCAGCGGUGCAGCUCAUCUCCCUCCAGCGGGCGGCGACUCCGGGUUCCCCCUCGCGCCCUCUCGCAGAGGCUCGCCCCCUUCCCCGCCCACCGUCCCUGAGAGCGCGGGCGGCGGCGGUGGGCGUGUGCGCGCGUGAAGGACGCCGCCUCUCUCUCGCUCCUGCGUUCGCAGGCGGCGGCGGGCGGCCGGCUUCUCGCUCGGGCAGCGGCGGCGGCGGCUGUGGCGGCUUCCGGAGUCCCGCUGCGAAGAUGCUCAAAGUCACGGUGCCCUCCUGCUCCGCCUCGUCCUGCUCUUCGGUCACUGCCAGUGCGGCCCCGGGGACCGCGAGCCUCGUCCCGGAUUACUGGAUCGACGGCUCCAACAGGGAUGCGCUGAGCGAUUUCUUCGAGGUGGAGUCGGAGCUGGGACGGGGUGCUACAUCCAUUGUGUACAGAUGCAAACAGAAGGGGACCCAGAAGCCUUAUGCUCUCAAAGUGUUAAAGAAAACAGUGGACAAAAAAAUCGUAAGAACUGAGAUAGGAGUUCUUCUUCGCCUCUCACAUCCAAACAUUAUAAAACUUAAAGAGAUAUUUGAAACCCCUACAGAAAUCAGUCUGGUCCUAGAACUCGUCACAGGAGGAGAACUGUUUGAUAGGAUUGUGGAAAAGGGAUAUUACAGUGAGCGAGAUGCUGCAGAUGCUGUUAAACAAAUCCUGGAGGCAGUUGCUUAUCUACAUGAAAAUGGGAUUGUCCAUCGUGAUCUCAAACCAGAGAAUCUUCUUUAUGCAACUCCAGCCCCAGAUGCACCACUCAAAAUCGCUGAUUUUGGACUCUCUAAAAUUGUGGAACAUCAAGUGCUCAUGAAGACAGUGUGUGGAACCCCAGGGUACUGCGCACCUGAAAUUCUUAGAGGUUGUGCCUAUGGACCUGAGGUGGACAUGUGGUCUGUAGGAAUAAUCACCUACAUCUUACUUUGUGGAUUUGAACCAUUCUAUGAUGAAAGAGGCGAUCAGUUCAUGUUCAGGAGAAUUCUGAAUUGUGAAUAUUACUUUAUCUCCCCCUGGUGGGAUGAAGUAUCUCUAAAUGCCAAGGACUUGGUCAGAAAAUUAAUUGUUUUGGAUCCAAAGAAACGGCUGACUACCUUUCAAGCUCUCCAGCAUCCGUGGGUCACAGGUAAAGCAGCCAAUUUUGUACACAUGGAUACCGCUCAAAAGAAGCUCCAAGAAUUCAAUGCCCGGCGUAAGCUUAAGGCAGCGGUGAAGGCUGUGGUGGCCUCUUCCCGCCUGGGAAGUGCCAGCAGCAGCCAUGGCAGCAUCCAGGAGAGCCACAAGGCUAGCCGAGACCCUUCUCCAAUUCAAGACAGCAACGAGGACAUGAAAGCUAUUCCAGAAGGAGAGAAAAUUCAAGGCGAUGGGGCCCAAACCGCAGUUAAGGGGGCACAGGCUGAGCUGAUGAAGGUGCAAGCCUUAGAGAAAGUUAAAGGUGCAGAUAUAAAUGCUGAAGAGGCCCCCAAAAUGGUGCCCAAGGUAGUGGAGGAUGGGAUAAAGGUGGCUGACCUGGAACUAGAGGAGGGCCUAGCAGAGGAGAAGCUGAAGACUGUGGAGGAAGCAGCAGCUCCCAGAGAAGGGCAAGGAAGCUCUGUUGUGGGCUUUGAAGUUCCACAGCAAGAUGUGAUCCUGCCAGAGUACUAAACCAGCUUCCUUCAGAUCUGGAAGCCAAACACCGGCAUUUUAUGUACUUUGUCCUUCAACAAGAAAGGUGUGGAAGCAUGAUAUGUACUAUAGUGAUUCUGUUUUUGAGGUGCAAAAAAAAUACAUAUAUACCAGUUGGUAAUUCUAACUUCAAUGCAUGUGACUGCUUUAUGAAAAUAAUAGUGUCUUCUAUGGCAUGUAAUGGAUACCUAAUACCAAUGAGUUAAAUUUUGCAAGUUAACACAACACUUAAAAGCAUACAUUUUCAGCAACCAGUGGCACAUAUUUGAAGUGAAUAAGUAGCAAAUUGUUUUUGCUUUGAAAACCUAGCCAUCCUACAUCCUUUGGAUUUCUUCACAAGGCAGUAAUUCCUUUGAGCUACUGCUUAGCUAAUGCUAGGUAGUGCUAAAAAGACAUGUUCCCAUAACUUUUACAACAUUUUACUUUUUAUCAUUGAUGUGUUCAAACUGUUUAAAAAGAGAUGCUUGUAGAUGAUAGUUGUACAUAUGUGCAAAAAAAAUUCCCCUUGGAAUGGUAAGAAAUUGAAGUAUCCUUAAAGGCCAUGAAGCCAUAUGUCCCUAAAGCCUGUGUGGAGAAUGCUUUAUUUUAUUCUUAUUUAUAUACACUAUAUUAAUAAUAACCAAAAUGUUCUAAGAUUCUGCCAUUUUACAACCCUGGAGGAAGUAAUUUACAAACUCAUGCUGAGUUCCAUUCUUUCCUUCACCUGCUCUCCAAUAAGAUGACUUUCUGAUAGAUAAAGCUUAGGGUGUAAUAAACAGGGAAGAAAAGAAGGUAAGACUGUACUUAAACUGAUGAAGAUAAGAUUGAUUCCUUUUCAUUUUCCAGAUAAAAUUGUAUUUACUCAUGAAUUUAUACAACUUUACAGAUAAGAACAUUUUAAUGGAUAAACUCUAUAAUUACCAAGUUGCAAAUAUUUAGAAAAAUCUAUUUCACAGGUUAGUGCCAAAAUGUCUUCAUAGAGUAGGAAUAAUAUUCCAUUAUAAGAUUAUUCAUUAUUGACUUUAAUAGAGUAAGAAAACAUUAUUCUUUACCAAAGCUCUUUUUUUAUCCAAUUGAUGGUUAUCUACACAUAUCACUUGUAAACUAAAGUUAUUUAUGAAAAGCUAGUAUGUCUUUUUCUCGUAUUUGGAAUGAAAGUACCCACAUUUUACAAUGUAGUGUUGAGAAUGUGCCGGCCAAUAAAUUUAGCACAAUGCAAUUUAUUUACCUUAAAAAACAAACAAAAACAAAAAUAAAGAAAAAUACUGAUUUCAAAUCAGUCUCUUAAAAAGCUGGAACAUUAGACCUAAUAUUUUAUUAUGAUUUUUCCCAGAAUAAAUUUAAUUUCUCUUUGACUUUCAUAGAAACACUUUCCCCUUAUAGAAAUCGCACUAAAUAUCUCCAAUUUAUUUCUAGUUUGAGUUGAAAUGAAUAUUUUAUCAGAUUAAUUAUGUGUCAUAUUUUUGGUGGGUUUUCUCAAUUUUAAAAAAGAAUUCAUUUUAAAAAAUAAUUAUUUUCAGAGACCAAAUAAAGACAAUAAAAAUGACUAUCACAUAAAAAUCCUCAUUAAAAAAGAGAUCUUAAAUUAUGUUGGCUCUCCCUCAAAAUUAUUAAAUUAGAAAACGAAAUUAAAGCUCCAGUUUGUAGAGGCUGUUGGACCUCAGUAGACAUUCUUCUUUUCAAUCACAAAUCUCCCUCUACUACUAUUCUCAUGGGAAGAAAACAAGGUAGGACUUCUUAUCUUUCAUAGUUUAAGAAUCUGACAGGUCACUGAUAUGGAGCCCCUGAAGAAGCACAUCAUCUGGGCUCAGAAGAUUAUUUUUUGUUUUGUUUCAUUUGUACUAUCUAGUAGAGAGCACUUUUCUUAUUCCCUCUUUCCUUCCUUCCUCAUUUAAUUAUUCCCUCUCAGAAUUCCCAUGUUGUCCAUUAUAAGGGGCUUGCUAUUUUUAACCUUUAAGAAUGUCUUCUUUGUUAAGCAUUAAGAUUUCCAUUUAAGAGGAUCAAUUUCCUGUUGUACUUUUUACCAUGAAACUGAACACACACACACACACACACACACACACACACACACACACACACAGACACGCGUAUAUGUGUUGGAAGAGCAAAGAGAGGGAAGGGGGUCUUGUUAGAAAGUGGCACUUGGCAAUUAGCUGAAAGAUCAGAACAGUCAUUCCUCCCUGCCCACCCCGGUAUUGUUCCAAGGGCAGUUGUUACAUUAUUUCAACACUAGGAUAGGGCUCACUGCAUUGUUUGGCCCUGAGAACUAUAGAAACAACGUUGCAAAUACCAUGGCCAAUGUAUAUUUUAGAAUUUACUCAUUUAAAUGAGUGCAUAAUACCAUUCCUCCACGUGAGUACUCAAGAGUUGAUAAUUCCCUCUAUCUUUUUAAACCUAUAAACUACAUUUUUAAAAAAUUAAUGGGAGUUUUAAAUUUUGACUCAUGUUAAAGAUUAGAUUCUGAUAAUGACUAUAUAGUGACUAAUUUCAUUGUUUCAGUAGGAAACAAACUUUCAAAAAUGUUGGUCAUUUCGGUCAAAUUAUUCAGAGAUUUCAUAUACAUACAUCCUAAGUUAGGAUAAUUAUGUUAACAUUUUUGAAAGAACAGCCAAUGUUUAUAUUGCUUGUUAAAAUGGAAUGUAUUGUCUAUCUCAAAGAUUACUGAGCUAAAUAAUAGUAGACAAAUAGAGAUUUAAUUUAACAAAAUACUUCAUAACAUCACUCCUAAUUGGCAAUAUAGUCACAAAGCAAAAUAAUUCAAAUUUCAGCAAACAAUAAAUUACAUUUUACAUUUUAGAGCUAACACUUAUCACAUUACAUUGUGGGUUUUUAUUUUGAGAUAAGUUCAGCUACAUAGCAUAAACUAGGUUUUGUUUUUUUUUUUAUAACCAUGAAGGACAGUCUUGAAUUAUUUCCCCCAUUAACAAAGUCUAAUUGGAAUCCAGUAUUUUUUCUCAAACUGUAAUUUCACUUGUCCCAGGACACAUAAAUAGGUAAAAAUUAGAAUAAUAUGGUUGUAGAACUUAAUUGUCCAGAACAAGUGCAUUAUAUAAAUAUAAUGCAAGCACAUGUCAUUUAAGAUUUUCUAUUAGUCACAUUUUAAGAAAAAUAGAUGAAAGUAUAGUAUUUUUAAUCCAAGUCAUCCAAAUUAUCCUAUCAAUAUAUAGUCAAUAUUAAAAUUUAAUGAGAUAUUUUGAAUUCUUUAUUUUUAUACUGUUUUCAAAAUCAGGAGUGUAUGUUAGGCCUUUGGUACAUCAAGUGCUCAAUAGUCACAUGUGGCUAGUGGCUACCAUAUUAGACAGCACUAGUCUAGAGUACUUUUUAUUUUAAGCAAAGUGACACUUGAAGUUCUAUGCUUAGAUUUAAGUGGCCUCAGUUUUCGCAUUGAGGAGCUGGGUGGGAGGCCACAAAGAAAGUGUUUCAGAAAUGUUACACACUGAGUAAAAGCUUAUUGACCACUCCUGCCCAUUCAUUUACUUCAGAGAAAUGAUUCCUAACAUGACUUCAAACAACGGGCAUUACUAAAUUAUCUACUGACCAAUCCCUCUGAUUCCUGAUGGGCCCUGGAGUCUUGACUACAGCCUAGAGUCUCCUGAGUACUGCCAUGAUGCCAAUAGCAUUCUUGCUUACCAAAAUCUACUCUCAGCCAACCAUGUGUCUUCAUUCAGGAAGAACUGCACAUAGAAUCUGAUUUUGAGGCCUGGAUUAAGCUGCAUGCCAUCCUUGUAUCACAGGCAAUAUGUCUUUCUGGAAAUCUAAUGAACCAUACCAAAUCUGCAUGAUGAAGAUUGUGUAAUGAUGGUGAUAUCAUGCCAGUUAUCCUCAAAGUGGGAAUAUGACUAACGACUAUUAGCUGGCAUUUUUUAGAUUUCCUUAGAAGGGUUUAAUCAACACUGCCAUUACACAUGGAUUUAACAAAAGACCUUUGAAAAUUUUUUACAUACUGAUUUUAGAAUAAUCCUCAAGGUUCUAUAGUCAUUUUUAGUGGAAGACUUAAAAAGAAAGGAACAAUUUUUACUGUGACUUCAAUUUCAUAGUAUUUUAAACAUAUUUUGUAAUUCAGAAUGUUUAGCAAUCGCUAUGUCCUGUUUCACAUGCAUGGUAACUGAUGGUGGGUUGCCUACAGGCUGAAGAUUUGGAGAGAGCCAUUUUGUUUCAUAAAUCAGUUUUUAUUGCACAGAAGCAGCUGGUUGUAUUGCAAGUUGGAAGAAGAAAAGUAAAUGCCAGAAAAGGCAAAGGAUAAACUUAGUAAGCCAUUUAUUUUGUUUUAGAAUUGUUUUUGCAAAGCAAAUUUUUUUUAAAAAAAAAAACGUCAACAAAGUGAAUCAGCACUAGCAUUUUCUUGAUGGUUGACUCAAUGUAUAAUUAACAAAUAUACAUAGCAGAGUCAAUUAAUCAUAGUGCCAUUAUGUCACUUAUUUGUCAUUGCAAAGUAUUCAGUCAUGUUGUCUAGAUUUACUUUAGAUGGUGCAAAAUUUCCAGAUAGUAACCUAUGUAAAAGGAUUUGUAAUUUCCUUGUAAUUCCUGCCUAUUAGUCCAUAUUCUAAUUUCCUUAUGUUCAUCACUGAUAUGUUCCUGAUCAGGGUCAUUGCUAGUAGUUGAGCAUUUACUGGUUGAACACUGUUUAAUGGUUAGAUGUUAUGUGUGUCUGCAUAUGUUCCUGAUCAGGGUCAUUGCUAGUAGUUGAGCAUUUACUGGUUGAACACUGUUUAAUGGUUAGAUGUUAUGUGUGUCUGCAUAUGUUCCUGAUCAGGGUCAUUGCUAGUAGUUGAGCAUUUACUGGUUGAACACUGUUUAAUGGUUAGAUGUCAUGUGUGUCUGCAUAUGUUCCUGAUCAGGGUCAUUGCUAGUAGUUGAGCAUUUACUGGUUGAACAUUGUUUAAUGGUUAGAUGUUAUGUAUGUCUGCAUUUAAAAAAUUAUGUACAUGUUAUUUCACUAUUGGUAUUACAAUAUUCAUAACCACAUGAUAAACAGAAAUGUACCCAAUAAUUUCCUAUAAAAUUUUUCAAAGUCCUUUUAUUCCCUUGACACACUCAGGGUGAAUUUUUGUCUCCUUGGCAAAUAAGAAAAAAAAGGAGAGAGACCACUGGAGAGAUAUCAGCCAACCAUCCACAGUAACCAAGUUCAGUUUUCCUCUUUCUAUAUUUUGACCAAUAUAUUAAGAGCAAGUUUUGUCAUUAUUACUCCUUGUGGCUAUUACCUGAGAUCAGAUAAUAUAGUCUCAGCUCAUAAAGCUUGGCCAUUUCUUUUUUUUUUUUUUUUUUUUUUUUUUUACAAAUGAAAGUUAUUAGCUUGGCCAUUUCUAUACUUAUCUUGGAGAGCAAUAACAAGCUUGAUUAAUUUAUGUUUGGUUAUUUAAAAUUCCAACUUUCAUAAAUGCUCUGUGAUGUACUCAAGACGAUUGGGUUGUGUGAUAUUAACUUCCUUCAAGAACUCUGUCUGUUCCCUGUCGUCUGGCUCAGAGGUCCACCAGGGCAAAAUAGAAGCCUUGCCGAGAAAGUGAACUGUCUUACUCCUUCGAAAGAAUCAGAUGUUGCUCUAGAGAAGACUCCAGGCAUCUACCUGGUUGAGCUCAAGUGAGCCAAGUGGGAGAAAACCUCUUCUCAUCCUCUGAUUGAAAGUGAUACAAUUUGAAUAUUGGUAUAUUGUCAUUGGUCAGUAAUGGAAAAAUGAGAUUCCACCGAUGGGUUACUCUUUUCGUGUCUUGGUUUGCUAUGCCUUAUCCCAGAUCAGUGUUUUGUUCCAUCCCUAUGGCCAUCUCUAAAGCCCUGACAGGAGCAUCCCAGACUGGAGAAAUGCAGGGUAUCUGUGGCCCAGAAUUUCGUUUGAUACUCUAAACAGCAAUGCGAAGACUGCAAAAUCACACUAUUCUAAACAGUUGUUUUCAGCUCAUUUUGAAGAUUGACCUGGAAAACAUAUAGAUAUAGAAUAUAUACAUUUAAUCUUUGCUUGUGAUUCAUUGUGUCAAAAAUGACAUUUAAUUUUCACUCUGAUUAAUCUUUAUUUUCCAUUUAAAAGAUUAUUUCAGGCUACUUAAAUACAAGACUUACAUUCUAAUUUUUGAAAGCUGUUGUUUUCCCUGAGCUCUCUCUCAACUCUGACAGUUUGUGAAUGAUAAAAAUUUACUAGGUUUGUCCUUUCCAUGAUAGAUGUAGAGCAGUUCAUCUGUUUUGUAAAGGUACAGUUAAGUAUAACUAUAGGCUGGGCAUGAUGGCUCAUGCCUGUAAUCCCAAUACUUUGGGAGGCCGAGGUUGGCAGAUGACCUGAGGUCAGGAGUUUGAGACCAGCCUGGCCAAUGUGGUGAAACUCCUAAUACAAAAAUUAGCCGGGCGUGGUGGCACGCACCUGUAAUCUCAGCUACUCAGGAGGCUGAGGCAAGAGAAUCUCUUGAACCCAGGAGGCAGAGGUUGCAGUGAGCCAAGAUCACGCCACUGCACUCCAGCCUUGGCAACAAGAGUGAAACUCCGUCAAAAAAAUAUAUAUAUGACUAUAAAUUGAAAACUAUCAUCUCAUACUGCUUCCUUUUAACCUGACCUAUUUUAUAUGCCUACAAUACAGUUAAUAUGCAGCAGCGUAGAGAAAAAAUGGCAUAUUCAUAAUUUGUAAUUUUGUUUUUCUGUUUAUGGCACCCUUAAGUCUCAGUAAUAUUUUAAAAGUCCUCUAUAAGCCAAAAGAACGUUGUAACAUGUCCAUUGAUUAAGGAGUUAGGCCUAAACAUUGUAAUAGUAGUCCAUUCCAUGUCCAACAGAUGUUGCUGUGUUUCCUUCAACAUUUUUAAAUGUCUUAUGAGUUUAGUGAGUGGAUACAGCCGAGUUGGGGUUGAGGCGAUUUCUUAUGCCCAAUGAACUAAAGGUAUCAGUAAAAGAGAAUAUUAGUAAACAAAUUAGUUAUUUAUGCUCUUACUUGAAUGUCAGUCAUUCAUUUUAUCUCUCGUCUUUGAGAUACACACAUUAAAACUUACGUGCGUAUUUUUUUAAAGAGUAAUUUCCACGUAAUUCCCCAAGAACUGAACUCAAAUCUCCAAAAAAGUUUUCAGAACUCAAGCAACCUAUGAUUCACAGAGCAAAUCUACCAAAGCCCCAUUUUUAUUGGAACACAGGCAUGCUCACUUAUGUACAUAUUGUUUGUGGCUGCUUUUAUGUUGCCAAGGCGGAGUUGAGUACUUUCAACAGAGACCAUAUGGACUGCAAAGCCUAAAAUGUUUAUCUGGCUCCUUACAGUAAAACAAUGACCCUGGGUUUUCAUGGCACCCCAAUGCCUUUUUGGUGACCUGCAGGAAUUCAGAUUCCUAUAUUCCAGUUUUUUUUUUUUUUUUUUUUUUUAUCCUUAGCUUAAGGUUCUUAUUCCCAUUUGCUUCUGAGGAAGUUAGGAAAAUUUUGUUUUAUGUUGCAGAUGCUCUCACAACAAUAAUUGUGCUGGAGAUACAACUUAGUGAAAUUUUCCUACAGAACUAAAAACUCAAAAUUGCAUCACUCCUGAAGAAAAGAAAUUUAGAGUAUGAAUUAGGUUGGUUGAGAGUAGAAUUAAAAAGAUUUCUAGCACUUUGAGCAUGUUUUAGAAAUUUGAUCCUUACAUUUAAAAUUAUGUAAAUGACAUCUUUCACUGGCAUUUGCUCACAUUUAAGUCAAUCUACAGCUGUUACUUACUAAGCUAAGAAAUGAGAAGAUCCCUUUGGUUCUGAAUCUCUCAUAAUAUUCUGAAGUAAUUUAUAUCAAUUGAAUUUUCAUUAAUCAUUUUAGGAAAUAUGUUUUAUUUUGUGGCAUUAUAUGACAAUGACUUUCUCAUCAAUAGCUCAGGGAAUACGCAAACAGCCAGCUCUUUUAUGUAAGAAAGCCAUUUUCUAAUCCCCACGCUUUCCUGAGUGUUACAUAUUUCAUUUCUUUGAAAAGAGAGGGCCUUGAGUAAAUGCUUUCCUUUGCCUUCCUUACGUAUUUAGAAAUCCAAGAAGGGCCCUUGUCUUAGUCUAUUUCUGUCACAGAGAAAUUGUUCAUUCCAAAAUAUCCACCUUAAGGGAAGCUAGUGAUGGAGAUAUGGAGAAAAACAUAGGUAUUCACGACCUUUGUGUUUCCGUUUGACUUUCAACAUCUGUAACCAAAAGGUCACAAAUGAAAUAUUUAGUAGAAAAUGCAAUAUCAACUUAUUAGGAGUACCUAAAAUUAUAACUCUAAAUAAUAUACAGCAAUAUUAUUGCUCUAUUAUUACAGCAAUCAAUAAUAUAGCCACUAGGAUACACCCGCUGUAGAACUCAGAACAAAAGAUAUCAAUCAUCUGUCAGUCCGCAUCGUUGUGUGUAGCAGAGACUUUACUGGAAUGAGAGAGGGGAAAGAUAACAAAAUGUAGAUUAAGAUUCCACAUUCUCCCCUGCUCAUCUUCUUGAUUGCUUAGUUUGAAGACAAUCAUUGAUGGACAAAUACUUUAGAAAUGAAUAAAGUCAAUAGCUAAUGUUUCUCCCAGAAACUAAACAACAUAGUUUAGGGGAUAUUAGGCCUACAUCCUAAUCACACUUUAAGGAAGUGAUUUUCUAAUUUUGAAGCUUCCCAGGAGCAGCCCACUCCAGGAACCAUUUUCCCAGUAAACUUUCACUGAGAAACUAUUAUAUGCCAUGGAGGAGUCAAAGAUGAAUUAAAUCCAGUGCUAUCCUCCAGGAGUGAGCUUUGUAGUUGGAGAGAAAAGCCAACCUUACAGAUACAACCUGUACAUAUAUAACCUAUGCUGCAUUUAGGCAGAUGAUAAGCCCUAGGAAUGGAAAGAGGGAAAAGCUCCCUUUUGCCAGGAAUGGUGAAGGAAAGCUUUAUGGGAACACAGGCUCUAUGUGAAAGAUGGGUGAAUCUUUGCAGGUAGGGAAGAAGUAGCGGGUAUGUCUGGCUGAGAACCGGCCUGAUCAUAGAGUGGAAAAGUGAAAGGCAGAGGUGAAGGAAGAAUACUAAAUGUGAAAGGCUGAAAUACACAGGGAAGUGUUGCCAGUGUACAGCAGAAUCUCAUCUUGUGCACAAUUGAGUUAGACUUCCUUGCUCCUUCCUUAUUCUGGGUAGGUACAUGUGCAGCCUUUCCUCAGAGCAUCUAGCCUGACAUACUUGGCUCAUCUGCUGUGCUUCUAAGCCAAAUAAAAAUCAUCAAACACAUCGAAGAUAUUUUUGGGAGUCACCAGGUUAAAGCAAAGCCUCAGUCACUGAAAGCAAAAACUGAAUUGGCCAGGUCUCCACUGACACAACAGAGUAAAUGACAGUAUGACAGAUAAUUUCAAGUUUUGCAAGAC